AUGGAGAACCCUCGGAAGAAGCGUCGCGGCAACAAGAAGAGCCGCAUCUUCAAGGGCAAACCAAAGCCACGUGAGAAGGUGCCACCGCCAGAUCACCUCUUCAAGCUCCCCGCCGAAGUCCGCAAUCAGAUCUACGGAUACGUGCUUGAGCCAGAGAUGCGGUGUCGAACAGAGGUGAUUGGGCCAAAGAAAAAGGGAGCCAGCAGACACGGCACUGUGAAGAUUUACACCCAAAUCCCGAAGGAGAUCGAGAGCGGCGACGACGAUGAGCCCGCUCUGCUCCAGGUGUUUCCACAGAUUCGUGGUGAAGCUCUCGGAAUCUACUACUACCUGAACAUUUUCGAAAUCAAGGUCAAUGUGAAACAGCUCGGCAGUCUCGAGAAGUGGAUGUCUUCAGUCCGCGCCCGCUUCGAGCCCAAGGAAAGCUCUGCCUUUGGURGAAUAACCAUCGAUCUGAGAGGCCUCAAAUGGUCCCAACUCCCUUCGCUACUUUCACUGGCACGUAUCUAUCAGGUCCAUCACAAGUACUUGCAAGGAUACGGAUAUUGGUACGACGAAGAUCGAUGCUUUCGCCUUCGAGGCCUUCGCCUUGGUCGGGUCUUGGAGGAGGUCGUGAAGCUUGGCCUUGGAGCAGGCGAGGAGGACUGGCAUGAGGAGUGGCUCAGUCUGAUGUUUGAAGAGUGGCUGGAGAAAAAAUUCGACAGCGCGACGGUGCGCCGGCACGUAGGUUUUGAGGUUGGCCUGCCAGGAGAUUGGCAUGGUGCUGAUGAGCCCGAAGCCAAUGAUUUCGACGUGGCUACCUUUUCUCGGAGUAGCGAGCAUCGCGCCGGCACAAGUGAUCGCAAGCUUCGGUCACAGAAUUGA